CUGGCAGUGUCGCACCGGACACUCCCCGCGCAAGGCACACGCAGCUCCUCCCUUCCCUCUGCACCCACUGCCGGGCAUCCACCACUCCUGACCGCCGAGAACCACGCCAUAACGCCAUUCCUCCUCCCGGGAGGGCCGAGAACCCGCAGGAGCGGCGCGCCCGCGCGCCCCCGCCCGCGAUGCCGCCGCUUCCCGGCCCGCCCCGACCCGCUCCCGGCACCCACCGUCCGGGCGGGCCAGCAGAGCGGAGGGCGCGGAGCUGCGGCGCAGAAAAUAAACGGCUUUUGUUGCGAGCAGCACGAUGAAAUUCGGUUGCCUUUCCUUCCGACAGCCCUACGCAGGGUUGCUUCUAAACCAAGUCAAAACAGUAGAGACUCGCUGGCGUCCUUUGCUAGCAGGCUACAAGAACCGCACCAUUGCUAUUCAUAUAGCUGUUAAGGACUGGGAAGAUGAAGCAUGGAGAGAAAUUCUUCAGAAUAGGUUGGGCAUGACACCGAAACAACUGCAAGAUUUGUUGGAUGACGGGGAAAAAUUUGGCAGAGGAGUUAUUGCAGGAUUAAUUGACGUUGGAGAAACAUCACUAUAUCCAGAAAACCUGCCUCCUGAAGAGAUUCUAGAGCUGGAAAACAAAGCUGUCCUCAGUAAUCUAGAACAGAAAUAUUUGACUGUUGUUUCAAAUCCCAGGUGGCUCCUGGAACCAAUUCCUGCCAGAGGAAGAAAAGGGGUGUGGCAGGUGGACAUUCCUCAAGAACUGAUCCCUUCAGAAUUCUCUGGACUGGGGACCUAGGGGGAGCACCAGGAGCUUGCACCUGUGGUCCAUUGGGGCCUGGCCUGGGCAGUGGCAUUUUGCAGAGCUGGAGGGACAGACUGAGCCAAGCUACCACCACCAGGAGAGACUUUCUGAAUUUGUCAUCUCUUCAGAACAGCGAGAGGUUUUGUUAUUUGGUAUUGGGGUGGUUUUUUUUGUGCUUGGCAGUGCUUUGCCUGUUGAAUAAACAGUUUUUUUCCACUUC